AUGGUGAAUCCAGGAUUGUUUUCUGGGAAUAAGUCCGUGAAUUCGGUGAAAGUAAGCUUUCGGAUACCGUAUUUUACCCAAUGGGGUCAGAGCUUGCUGGUUUGUGGCUCUGUACCGGUGCUUGGUGCCUGGAAUGUGAAAAGGGGUGUGUUGCUCAGUGUUAUUCAUCAGGGGAGUGAGCUCAUCUGGGGUGGAAGCAUCACAGUGCCAAGAGGGUUCCAAUGCCAGUACAGCUAUUAUGUUGUAGAUGAUAAGAAAAAUGUACUGAGAUGGGAGAUGGGGAAGAAGCGCGAACUGAUACUCCCUGAAGGUGUUCAGAGUGGACAGGAGAUCGAGUUCCGUGAUCUUUGGCAGGCUGGCUCAGAUGCCCUCCCUUUCAGAAGUGCUUUCAAAGAUGUCAUUUUUCGGCAAAGCUGGGAUUUGAGCCAUGCGACAGGAGGAGUCAACCACAUCAAUUUUGAACCGAAAGGAGAAGCUAUCUUGGUCCAGUUCAAAAUUUCCUGCCCAAAUGUAGAGAAAAACUCAUCAAUAUAUGUCAUUGGUAGCAAUACAAAGUUGGGACAGUGGAAAGCUGAAAAUGGACUAAAACUCAGCUAUUUUGGUGAAUCUGUCUGGAAAGCUGAAUGUCUGAUGCACAGGAUAAUGUCCACAUAUAGAUAUGGAAAAUAUGACAGGAGUGGGAACUUCUCUAUAGAAAGUGGUUCAAACCGCGAAGUUUCUACUAACUCCUCAAAGAAUGAGGUGAAAUAUAUUAUUCUGUCAGAUGGCAUGAUGCGGGAAACACCUUGGCGUGGUGCUGGCGUAGCUAUACCCAUGUUUUCUGUUAGGUCGGAAUCUGAUCUGGGUGUUGGAGAGUUUCUUGACCUUAAGUUACUAGUUGACUGGGCUGUAGCAUCUGGUUUCCAUUUAGUUCAACUUUUACCAAUCAAUGAUACAUCUGUGCAUGGGAUGUGGUGGGAUUCUUAUCCAUACAGAGCACUCACUGCAGUUAAAGCAGCCCAUGCUGUUUCUUUCUUCUACCAAAGAGGGGUACCAGGGAUCAGACACUUGAGAUGGAGAUCUGUAGUUACUUUGGAACCUCCUCCCAAUCCUGAACUAAUUCUUGUUCUUGAAGUCACAGUGCCUACCUCGUAUUCUCAGGCUAAAGAUAUUGAAAAGGCAAAGCAGCAAUUAGAUGGGAAGGAUGUUGAUUAUGAAGCUACAAUGGCUACAAAACUCUCAAUUGCUAAGAAAGUUUUCUCUCAAGAGAAAGAUUUGAUUCUCAAUUCAAGUUCCUUCCAGGAGUUCUUUUCUGAGAAUGAGGGUUGGUUGAAGCCCUAUGCUGCUUUCUGUUUCCUGCGGGACUUCUUUGAAACAUCAGAUCGCAGUCAAUGGGGUCGUUAUGCUCAUUAUUCCGAAGAUAAGCUAGAGAAGCUUGUAUCCAAGGACAGCCUGCACUAUGAGAUAAUUUGCUUCCACUACUAUUUAUCAGAAGCUGCAGAGUAUGCAAGAAAGAAGGGAGUGAUAUUAAAGGGGGACCUUCCUAUUGGAGUUGACAGAAACAGUGUGGACACCUGGGUUUAUCCAAAUUUGUUCCGAAUGAACACUUCUACUGGGGCACCUCCAGAUUAUUUUGAUAAAAAUGGCCAAAAUUGGGGUUUCCCUACUUAUAAUUGGGAAGAAAUGUCAAAGGACAACUAUGGUUGGUGGCGAGCUCGAUUGACACAGAUGGCAAAAUAUUUUACGGCUUACAGGAUUGAUCACAUAUUGGGAUUCUUCCGAAUAUGGGAACUUCCCGAUCAUGCUAUGACAGGUCUAGUUGGAAAAUUCCGACCAUCUAUACCUCUUAGUCAGGAAGAACUUGAAAGAGAAGGAAUAUGGGACUUUAAUCGCUUAAGUCGCCCAUAUAUCAAGAGGGAACUGUUACAGGAAAAAUUUGGAGCUGCUUGGACUUUUGUUGCAACAACUUUUCUAAAUGAAAUAGACAAGAACUUCUAUGAGUUCAAGGAGGAUAGCAACACAGAGAAAAAAAUUGCUUCCAAACUGAAAGCUUGUGCAGAAAGUUCUCUCUUGUUGGAGAGUGAAGACAAAUUGCGACGCAGUCUCUUUGAUCUUUCACAGAACAUAGUUUUAAUCCGAGAUCCAGAGUAUCCAAGAAAAUUUUAUCCUCGUUUCAACCUUGAAGAUACCUCAAGUUUCCAGGAUUUGGAUGAUCAUAGGUACCUUAAUAAUCACUGUGACUUGUGCGUGCUGUCCAUUGAGGAUGGUUCCUACAAUUAUGCCACUUUUAAGCCUAGUUCUAUGCCGAAAACUGUUCUGCAUUCCAAGAAUCUUUGGAGGCAAAAUGCAUUGAAGACCCUGCCUGUACUUCUAAAUUCAUCAGACAUGCUGGCCUGUGGUGAAGAUUUGGGCCUCAUUCCAUCUUGUGUCCAUCCUGUUAUGCAAGAACUGGGAUUAGUUGGGUUGCGCAUUCAGCGAAUGCCCAAUGAACCUGAUGUGGAAUUUGGUAUUCCUUCUCAGUAUAGCUACAUGACGGUAUGUGCCCCUUCAUGUCACGAUUGUUCCACCUUGCGUGCUUGGUGGGAAGAAGACGAAGAUAGAAGACUUCGGUUUUUCAAGAAUGUGAUGGAGUCCGAUGAGUUGCCGGCCGAUCAAUGUGUUCCAGAAGUUGCACAUUUUAUCAUAAGGCAACAUUUUGAAGCCCCAUCAAUGUGGGCAAUCUUCCCUCUUCAGGACUUGUUAGCAUUAAAAGAAGAAUAUACAACACGCCCUGCAGCAGAGGAGACAAUCAAUGACCCUACAAAUCCGAAGCACUAUUGGAGAUACCGUGUGCAUGUGACUUUGGAAUCAUUGAUUAAAGAUAUUGAGCUCCAAACCAGCAUCAAAGAUCUUGUACGUUGGAGUGGAAGGUCACUCCCUAAGGAACACUCAGAAAUAGAUGCCAGCUUAGUGGCAGCACUAUCAGUAGCAGAAGCUGUUUCAGUGUCGUCAGUAGCAGAAGCUGUUUCAGUGUUAGCAGAAGCUAUUUCUGAUAAGCAGAAGUUUGCCAGUAGCCCGGAAAAGGGUGUUCUUAGGUUGCAUUUGGUUAUUAGGGAUUCAAGAAAAAAAUGUGCAGAGUUAGCCUGCUUUUCUGCUAAUUUGGUAUCCAGAGUUUUAGCGAUGUGUCCAGCAUUUGAAAAAUUUCCUCUACGCUAG